AUGAAGAAAUAUUCCCAAUUAGCGGAAGAAGCAUUUGCAGAGGAAGUAACAAUUGAUUAUACAUCAUUAUUUGGUGGAGAACCUUAUCAGAUUAGCGGCGCGAAGCAAGUCGAGAUGUGGCGAGAGCAGAUGGAGGGCUUGGAUUCCUGGCAGCAUAUUACUACGAGCGUAUUGAUUGAUCUCCCUCAGCCAGGAGCGGCCAGCAAGACCCCUCAAACUGCACAGGUUAUUGCGAACUGCAUUGUCAAUUUAAAGAGGGCAUCUGCGAAGGGAGAUUCAGAAAUUAGGAACGGAGGGAGAUAUGAGUUCGAGGUUGUGAGAACUGAUAAUGAUGGGAAUCCGUGGAGGAUCUCGAUGCUGAAGGCGGAUCUGGUAUGGUUUAGUGGAAAUUCUGAUGUUAUGGGAGGACUUGGGAAGAAGUGA